AUGACCAAAGUUUAUUCCGAACCGUCACCACCAGCCGAUUCUAACGCCGUCGUCGAUGCUCAGCGCUCAUCGAUGAGCUGGGACACGUUGUCUGCAAUUACUAUUAGAAGUAUUCCCCUCGUCAGACGAUGGAAUCGGAAUAACCACGUGAAUGGUACGGAUACCGGCUAUUCUGCUUUGCGGAGUCGAAUCGGUGGAUUGCGAGGGAUACAAAAGGACACCUCUGGAAUACCUUCAAAGAUGGAACCGAACGCAUACCCCAGAGUGCCACCCUUCACUUGGGAGCCGGUUGAACCGCGGAAGCCUCUACCCAUCUAUCCACCUCCAGAGCCCUUAGAAAGCCUGCCAGCUCUCCCUUCGCCUCACAGGAAACCGAUCUUCGACUCUCCGUAUACCCUUUCCACCCAUAUUUUCCCGGCAGCGCACCUCAGGACCACCAGACUCGUUCCGGAGCCUCCUUCGCCUCCCCCAAAUGCCUCCAAGGAGGAACGAAAGCAUGUCAUUGCUGAAGCAUAUAGACAGUUGACUGCGCUACGCACAAGCAGAGUGACUGAGGGAUAUCCUAGGCUGCUGUGGAACUGUGUUAACCGAUAUGUGAAGAAUGGGUUGAACGAGUCGAACCGGACAGGGGUCACUCUGCUCUUUGCUCAUGCAAAUGGCUUUCCGAAGGAGAUCUGGGAACCUACUCUAGGCCUCUUGUUGGCUUCGCCGGCCGCAAGUGUUAUCGACGAAGUGUGGUGCUGGGAAUCUGUUCAACACGGGGAUGCAGCUCUGCUUAACGCGCACCUGGCAUCAGGUAUCUUUGACUGGCAAGACAACGGACGCGACAUCGCCAACUUUCUCCUCCACUUCCUCCCCAACGCUGCCACUUCAAACCCUCUACCGACCCAUUUACCUCGUGUUUCUCGGGAGGAAACUGACUUACGUAUUAGGAAUGGGUACAAGAACCGUAAAUUCGUCGCUGUCGGUCAUUCUUAUGGUGGAUGCACCUCUGCUCUAGCUGCUCAUCUCUACCCGGCACUCUUCAGCGCUCUCAUUCUUCUCGACCCGGUUAUCGCCAAGCCGUUUGAACAUGAACCUAAAGAUCGGCCGGUGGACCUGGCCGCUGCGGCUCUUAACAGACGAGAAACGUGGUCUUCCAGAGAAGAGGCCCUACAAUCCUUCAAACAAAACCCCUUUUUCCAGAUCUGGGACCCCGCCGUGGUGCAGGUCUACGUCGACUGCGGCACCUACCUCACCAAGGACGCCUCGGGCAAGGAAAUCGCGAAGCUGAAGAUGUCCAGCAUGCAAGAAGCCGUCGUGUUCUCAGAAAUCCACACAGAGUACGAGGUCUUCCAGCGCAUGGUCACGCUGGAUGAGCGGAUUCCGCUGCGGUGGGUCAUGCCUGGACGACCUGGUGCACCAGAGAUUGGGGGUCCCGGGGCGUCGAAGUUCCGCGUGUGGGUGCGCCCUGCGAAUUCGUCGAAUUGUCAGAUCAAGGGUGCUGGGCACUUGAUCCCGCAGGAAGCACCGCAGGAGCUCGCUGAAGAACUGUCGAGAUAUUUAUUAUACCUCUUCUCGACUCCGACGUCGUCCCGAAAGGCUAACCUAUAG